AUGGGCAGUGGAGGACGCUGCUUCUAUUACAACCAGUCCGGCAACGGAGGCUAUCAGACGAACUACGGCAAUGGUGGCUAUCAGAAAGGCUACGGCAAUGGUGGCUAUCAAAAGACGUACGGCAAUGGGGGCUAUCAGAAGAGUUAUGGCAAUGGUGGCUAUCAGAAGAGUUAUGGUAACGCUGGCUACGGUCAGAAGCAAUACGGUAAUGGUGGUUACAGCUAUGGAAACGGUCAGGGAUUCAGAGCGGGUGGCGGCGGGAAUGGCAACACCUUCUAUAAGAAGAGUUGGAGUGGUAACAAGUUCGGUGGCUAUACGAAGCCGGCAUUGCCUAUCAACCAAUUCUAUUACACUGACAAUCAAGCUGGUGGGAAGAAUAUCCGUCUCAAGCUCGAUUUCGGUAACGUCGUGCGUAAUCCUGAGGCUUCCGGCAACAUCCCGAUGAAACUUGUUCUCACCCAGCCAGCUGUGGGGGAGACUCCGGCCAAGGUGAACGAAUUUGCUAUGGGGUGGAAAGGCGCUGGGCAGAUCUUGGCUCUCAACUUUCGUAAUCCAGAGGCGACGUCCAGUGUAGAGACAUUGUGUGCGGCGGAGGGAUCUGCGCAGGAAGCGACACAUGCCAGAAUUGGGCAGAAUAAAGGACAUCUCAUGAGUUCCGCCUGCGCAAGGGGUGGCAAUUCAAGCACUGUUAAAAUUUUCCUUGCCCAAGAUGGUGCCGCGGACGACUCCAAUUGA